AUGGGAGCAACGCCUUUCCAACUCGAGGCUUGGACCGAGUAUGGCAUUGGCCUGCUGGUCCUCUUCGCUCGAAUCAUCUACCGAUCCAUCACCCUUGGGAAACACUGGGAAGGCGAUGACUAUUUUGCCGUCGUAUCCGUCUUCUUCUGGACGGCUGAACUUUGUAUGCUCGAGCUGAUCGGGCAAAAUGGCGCCAUCACAGGAUUGACCCAGGAGGUUGCCGAGGCACUCAGCGAGGAGCAGAGACAGGGCAUUGUCUUUGGCAGCAAAUGUCUCCUAGCAGGUUGGUGUUUGUACGUGACCUUGAUCUGGUGCCUCAAGGCAUGCAUGCUCUUCCUGCUGGGCAGGAUCACGACCAACCUCAACCAACAGCGCUUUGUCCAGCUCACGGCGUGGACUUGUGGAGCGGCCUAUGUCGCGACCAUCAUAGUUAUCCUGGCUCGUUGCGCGCCGAUACACAAGACAUGGCAAAUCCUGCCCAUACCUAGCGAUGCGUGUUCCAAGAACAUUCCCAACUACUAUGCCCUCGUCGUCACGAACCUGACGACCGACAUCAUGAUUGUUUCGAUCCCGAUCCCGCUGCUGUGGCAAGUCCAAAUGCCGCCUUUACGCAAGCUCAUGUGUGACCUGUGGCUCUGCACGGGCGUCUUCAUCGUAGUGGCAACGCUUCUUCGAUGCAUCCUGUGUCUGCGGCAGGCCGACGACAUCAACGUCGGCACGAUUUGGUCGAUCCGCGAAACGUUUGUCGCCAUCAUCGCCGUGAACUUACCUGUAUUGGGUCCCUGGAUCACAAAGACGGUCAGUGCUGUUCGCUCAAAGGGAUCACAGGGUCACGAGUCGGGGAUGAACCCGAACAAGAGCGACCACCUGGUCACGAUUGGAAAGCAAAGCAACCGCUUGGAGCGGCUCAAUAAGGACGGACGUGGUUGGACAAACAUCGAUACGGAAAGUGAGGAAAGGAUCAUUCCCGAGCGGUCUUGA